CGAGGGGAGAGACAGACGGGGCCUCGUGGAGUCGGAGUUACAGGAAGCUGAUUUGGGAGUAGGGGUGGGCGCCUAGUUGGGAGGCUACUCUUUUUCCACUGAUCACCGACCAUCUUCUGCUUGCUGCCGUCUGCAUUGUCCUGCUCACUAUCUCCCACCCAUUAUUCUAACGACGGCUCACGACGACCUGUAUUACCACCGGCGAUAGUCUCUUUCUGCAGUCAUGACCAGUUCUUCCUCCACCCCCGACAUCUCCUCCUUGUCGCUCACUUCCCAGCCCUCCCAGCAACGUCUUCAUGAAUCUUACGAAUACGAAGGCAACUCAGGCGGCAAUGGCAAGAGCCCGUAUCACUUCCAGACCUCCCCGCCCAUCCCGGCGCAGUCCCAGUACAGCCCGCUCGGCGGCAUGGGCCAGUCCCCGCUCAAGAACAGGCCAGUCCUCCGUGGGGGUCUUCCUUCUCAAUGGCUCGACAACGCUAACAUGAGCGACAACCGCUCGCUUUCGCCCCACAACAACUCAGAUCUAUCCUCUUCUGGCGGAUCGCCGCCUCCCGGGACGACCAUGCAGCCUCCCGUCACGCCCGGCACGCCGAGCUUGGGUGCGGACGACGAGAUCAUACCCACUGCAAUUGUUAUCAAGAACAUACCUUUCAACGUAAAACGCGAGACGUUGCUUGAUAUAAUCGCAUCGCUGUCGAUCCCCACGCCAUACGCGUUCAACUACCACCUCGACCAGUCCGGCCAGUUCCGCGGCCUCGCCUUCGCCAACUUCCGCCAGGCCGUAGAUGCAGACCAUGUCGUCGCCGCUUUGAACGGGUUCGACGUGCAGGGCCGCAAGCUGCGCGUGGAGUACAAGAAGGUUUUGCAGGCGGGUGAGAAGGAACGGAUCGAGCGAGAGAAGGCGAUCCGGCGCAUGAAGUCCAUGCAGCUCGAGAGAGAACAGCAGGCCAUCGCGCAUCACGCCCAGCAGGCGACGACCCCGUACGACGAGUUCGGUCAGGUGCUGCCGACGCCGUUCACUCCACAACGGUCGUUCUCUGCGUCGAGCGUGUAUCAGAGCCAGCAGGCGUUCUCGCCUUCUACGGUCCUGCCACCCAUGCCCACGCCUCAACCGUUCAACGUGUCGACCCCGUCGCUCGGUCAGCCCGUCACACCGAGCGGGCUCAAGUCGCCCUCCACGGAGCUCGACCUCAACGACCCGGCGACGCUGGAGAUCUAUUCGCGCAUUCUCCUGUUCAAGGACGAUCCGAUGCGGGACGAGCUUGCCUUCUCGCGUACGCUUACCCCUAAGCAGCGACGUGUGGUCCAUCUCGUUGCACAGAAGCUCGGCGUGUACCACUAUUCGGUUGGCGAAGGCGAGGAGCGCUAUGCGGUGGUGACGCGGAUCGAUCCCAAUGCGGGACAGAACCCUGGCCCGCGCCAGACGCUCUCGCGUGCGCUGUCGUCGUACCUGUCGGCUACAUCAUCGCAGAUGCCGAACGCGCUGCGCGUGAAGAAGUCGAUGCCGGACAUGAAGUCGCUGCAGUCAGCCGCCUCUGCGCCGCGGCUGACGACACGCGCGUCGAACGGGAACAUCCGGGAGGGUUACGCCACGAUCGCGUCGCCGUCGCGUCGCUCGCCCGGUGCGUUCGCUGCGCUCUUCGCCAACGGGGGCGCUUUCGGGAACAACGGCAUCCCACCUGUGCCGAGCCUGCCGUCGAGCGUGGGGGGCAUGAACAGCCCUCUGGAGAGCCCCGGCGGCGUGCUCAGGCAGCCGCGCGGCCCUGGUGUGGGCGGCUUUGAGAGCAGGCGGGAGCGGCGGGAGAGCCAGACGGGCAACGGCGGGCAGGGCGGGUUCGAGGCGCGCUCGCACGAGCCGCUGGAGAUCUGAGGAGGACGGGGCGGAUGCA